GUUCGACAUGUUCAAAGGCGGCUUUUCGGUCCUGGGCAGAGCCCUGACCCCGGCGGCUAAUGGGUCGCGCGCGCGGGCAACCAUGGCUGAAGCGUGCACGCCUAUACACGUGAAUCAGGUUCGGAAUAGAUUGCGGGAUAUAGUCGGAGCUUCCGCCAACUGGAGAGACCACGUGCAAGCCAUGGAGGAGCGGAAACUACUCCACUCCCUCCUGGCCAAGGACCAGAAAGACCUGCCUCCGCGGAGGAUGAAGGACAGCUUCAUCGAGGUUCUCCUGCCCCUCGGGAGCCAGCCCCAACUGCGGGAGAAAUACCUGAAUUUUCACAACACCGUUCGGUUCGGCCGGAUCCUGGAAGACCUGGACAGCUUAGGAGUCCUCGUCUGCUACACUCACACCAAGGUCCAGUCGGCUCAGAGGUCGCCCCUGUCGAUCGUCACGGCCCUGGUGGAUAAAAUUGAUCUGUGCAAGAAGACCAUAAGCCCCGACCACGAUAUUAAAUUCACCGGAUUCGUUAGUUGGGUGGGGAAGACCUCCAUGGAAGUCAAGAUGAACAUGCUUCAGUUGCACGGUGAUGUUUACAGCCCCGUCUUGGACGCGACAUUUGUCAUGGUGGCCCGGGAUUCGGAAAACAAAGGGCCGGCCUUCAUCAAUCCACUGAUUCCCGACAGCCCGGAGGAGGAAGACCUCUUGAAGCAAGGAGAACGGAACAAGAAGAAGCGAAUCGCUUUUAGCACGGCCUCGCUGCUGAAAAUGGCCCCCACCGCAGAAGAGAGGCACCUCAUCCACGACAUGUUCCUCAACACGCUGGACACGAGGACCGUAAGCUUCCGCAGCCGGAUUCUGCCGCCCAAUUCCGUGUGGAUGGAGAACGCGAAGCUCAAAGGCCUGGAAAUCUGUCACCCCCAGACAGUCACACUGGAUUGCCUUCUCCCGACGACGCAGGAGCGGAACAUUUUUAACCGGAUCUUCGGCGGUUUCCUCAUGAGGAAAGCAUUCGAACUGGGCUGGGCCACGGCCUGCAGCUUUGGAGGAUCCCGGCCCUUCGUGGUCGCCGUGGACGACAUCAUGUUUCAGAGACCGGUCGAGAUUGGAUCCCUGCUCUUCCUGUCGGCCCAGGUGUGCUUCACCGAGGGACGGUACAUUCAGGUCAGGGUGCACAGCGAGGUGUCCAAAUCCAACAGUCCGGCCCACGAGACCACCAAUGUCUUCCAUUUUACGUUCCUGGCCGCAAACGAGGUGCCGAAGGUUGUCCCGAAGACGUACGGAGAGUCCAUGCUGUAUCUAGACGGGCAGCGCCACUUUAAUGCCGCGAUGACGGGGUCCAAGGAAACGUCAACCGACUACAGCGCGUCGCCGUAGGAAAACACGUGGGCGGAGACGCCUCGGGUGCUGUGGCCGGGACCCGUUGGGCCUCUUGGUUUCGCCAGAGAACGGGGAGAGGGACCGCCCGAAAUGAGUGGUCCCGACCGCCGGCCGACACACGCCAAUCGCCUCCCGCAUUAAAGGCCCCCCGCCAACGUUUUGCCGUC